AUGGGUCAUACUCACAGCUCCACCUGUCCUCAGGUGAUCCUGAUGGGUUUGGACUCCGCUGGAAAGUCGACUCUGCUGUCCAAACUGCUGACAGGACAGACCAUGGAGACGUCUCCGACCGUCGGAUUCAACGUGGGAACGUUGGUUCUGGACAAGAACACGUCUCUGACCGUCUGGGACGUCGGAGGACAGAAGAGCAUGAGACCCAACUGGAGGUUCUACCUGGACCACUGCAAGGCGCUGGUGUUUGUGGUGGACAGUAGUGACCCAGUCCGGGUUCCAGAGGCCCAGAAGGUUCUGAAGAAGGUUCUAAGUGAUGAGCGGCUGCGUGGGGUUCCUCUGAUGGUUCUGGCCAAUAAGAAGGAUCUGCCCAACUCACUGACCAUCCGAGAGAUCUCCAACCAGCUGGACCUCCCCAGCUACUCGGACCGGCUCUGGGAGAUUCAGGCCUGCAGCGCUCUGAGAGGACUCGGCCUCCAGCAGGCCUUCAUGUCUGUAGCUAAACUCAUCAAGAAGAGCUGA